CGACUGUAGUAUGAUAUCUUUACGUGAGGGUUUUGUCAUGGUCUCUGGGUGUCGGGGCGGAAUCCUCCCCUACGAUGCAGCGUGCAUUCAACUGAUUGGAUGUUUCCAUGUUCUGGAAUAGCUGCGGUUCGAUUUGCGAAUUCGUACUUGGUUGCGAUGAAUGUAGGUUCUGUAGUGCGCAAGAGUGGAGAUUAGAAUGUGAAGCUGGUUGUUUACUGUACCCAGAAAAAUGACCUCAACUCAUGAUUAUGAGGGCAAAGUCGGUGCCACACUGUGUAUUCGGAUGCGUCAACCAUUUGUGAGCGGCCUUGAUGAAUAAUCUUAACAAUCACUCGUGUGUUUGACAAAGGAUCCUUCGAUCAAUGAAAAACUCGACGCACACAGCCCAGAGUAGAUUACAAAGCUUUGCUGUUCUUGGUCUAGGAGAAUGGAAAGCAACCUCAUGCGAUGAGCCACCGCACCCAUGAGAUCAGUUUCUCAUGAUUCUUUAGAUAAUAAAGAGCUAUUCAGUUGAGCUUUUUCUGUAAGAGUGUUAAUGUUACGUCCUGGGUUGGGACUAGUGUCCCUCCAAGGCACAGCACAAUCAUCAUCUCCUGGUCCAUCGCGGACCUUGGUGUCAAACCCAAGUCAAUCUGGGCCUCCAUUUGCCAUGCACGGAAGAGGGGGUUCUCCUGGUCCUUUCCCUGAACACUUGCAACAUUUUUCUGGACAGUAUCCUGGUUAUCCCGGCCCUCAACGUGGAGCUGGACCACCGCCUUCCCAUCAUGCGGGAGACGCACCAACUGAUCGCAUGCCCUCAUCAACACCAAUAGUUGCAGAAUGGCGAGCUGUGGAAGAGCCGCCAUUGGCGCCACAAGAUUCGGAUAUGUUGAAGAACAUCGAUAUCUUAUCGGGUUUUGUGGUGAAGAAUGGACCCCAAUUCGAGGAUAUGGCGCGCCACAAGCAGGCUGAUGAUCCCAAGUUUGCUUUCCUCUUUGGAGGUGUACCAGGCUCAGAGGCUGCAAUUGGGAAGGCUUACUAUGAGUGGAAAAAAAGAUCUUUGAUAGCCGCAGCCAACUUACCUGCAGAUCCUUUUGUUCAGCCUCGAUCAAAUAAUGAACCAGAAGUAUUUCCUCCUAGUCCUCUUCCUGACACUCCUCAUUCUCCUCACGGAUCUGACAUGGAUAUGGAAGAUGAUUUUGAGAAACCUUCGCAAUCAACAGAAAUCAGAUGUGAGCAAGUUCAAGAACCAGUAUCUAGUCUACCUGCAAAGAAGGAACCAGUAUUAUCAUCCAAGAUGGAGACCAAUGCUAAACCACAAGGUGCACAGAAUCCUAGGGUACCCAUCCCCCUAACUGUGACUUAUCAGAGCAGUUCUACCACAGCUUCUGUAGCUCCUCCCCAAGUGUCUUCUUCGGUGGGAGUCUCUAGCAGACCCCAGUCAAACAGUGCCCGCGAUGAUUUACCAAAAAGGAAAGAUACGAGGCGUCGGACGGGAUUUGACAGAUCUUGCAUGGAAGAUGUGACCCCAGUAUCCAGUCCUCCUGUGCAAGCAAAGUCGCAAGAAUUAGAAGCAGCUGGUCAAGGACAUGGAAGUAGAAGCUCUUCUCGUGUCUCUCGCUGGGGCCCCCAAGAUCGAUCUCUUGGGUAUGAUUCGUCACGAAAGGUCUCCCCUUCAGUUGACGCAUCAAACAAGAAUUCUGACCAAGGUUCUGAAAUACCACACGUAAAUGUUGUUGAUAGGUCAGGAGUGGAGGACAGGUUGGAAGCUGUUACUCCUCCAAGGGAUAAUGAUAGUGAGCAUAAAAGGGAAGGUGAUAAGAAUUCUCAAUUGGAGGAUGCAUCAACCAAAUCGGAGGACAGGAAAACAACUGAAUAUUCAACGAUGCCAGACAGAGAUCAGCCCAAGGAUUCUUCAUUGAGGUUAGAGAACAGGAAAAUGAGGGUCUCAGAUGAUAGGAAAUCCAGGGACUCUACAACGUUGGAGGAGUCAAGAAUCCAGGAUGAGCCUCCCAGAGCAUCGAAACAACAAAAAGGUGUUUCUGAACUGGACCCUGGUAAUAAAGGACCAACGGUUGAUGAGUUUGGUAGGUUUAUACGGCCCGGGGGAAGCGAAAGUGAUGCUGAGGACUCACAUUACGAUAGGAAAAGAAGGCAUGCCAGUAGAAGUCGGAGCAGGUCCCCACCAGAUAAUCGGAGACGACGUCGGAGUCGGAGUAGUUCUCCUCGACGGCACAGUAGGCGGAGUCAUUCACGCAGCCGCUCACCAAGACGGAGACGGAGCUGGAGUAAGUCACCUGGCCGGGAAACGCGUCGCGGAGGUGACAGUGCAAGAGGUCGGGAACGGGGAAACCAAGAUCGCAAUGAUCGCGGUGGAAGGAGAGGUGGAAGGGGUGACCGCGGUGGAGGUCCUCCUGUAUGUCUUGAUUUCGCCAGAGGGCGUUGCAAAAGAGGCAAUGUUUGUCGAUUUGCGCAUACAGAAUCUACCAAUGAUCCUAGUACUGAAGGGCGAUAUGAUAGGGGUGGAGGUCGUGGAGGACGAGGGAGUAGACUAGACGAUCGCCAGGAAAGUCACGACAGCGGUCGGAGCCAUGGUGGUGGCAGUAGCAGGUCUGGCUGGAAUGAACAAAAUCCACGUGGACGCAGAGGGUGGGAGCCUACUGAUCAGAAAGAGAAAUGUUACAAUAAAGAAUUGCGUAAAUCCAUGGAGGAUUUUGCACGAGAACAACCUGAAACCUCGCCAGUAAGUGACUAUGGGGAUGAGGCUAAACUAAGUGAAAGAAGGAAUAAUGAGAGGUCCAAAGACAGGUCCUACCAAGACGCAAAUGCCACAAAUAGCGUGGAAUCAGGUAGUUUUGCAGUUGAAACUCAUGCACCAUUUUCUGGAGGCCCUGAUGGCUUGCCCUCUUUGGCUCAGCUUCCGCCACCCCCACCGCUACCGCAUCAUUCCCAAGGGUUUUCGUCAUCUUCCGUACCUCCACAGCAAUCCUACAUGGGCUAUCUUCCUUCUCAGUCUGGGUUCAACUUGCCACCCCCUCCUCCACCUCCUCUGAUGAACCAAAGUGAGAAUCUAUCGAUGCCUCAACCAUCUUAUGGAAAUAGUGGAGCACCGCAACCAGCUCUGCCACCUCAAGUUUCUAGCGGUAUUGCUAAUCUUCCUAUGAGACCAGCAGUAUCGACAGGUCCUUCUCAGGUUGGGGGACAAUCCAUGGCUCCUACGUCCAGGUCAAGCUAUACAUGGCAGUCCACACCAACAGCGGCACCAGCAUCCAUCGCCUAUAAUGGGCAGUCUAUCCAGGCGUCAGGAGCACAGUCGAAUUAUGGACUUCCACCCCCUCCUCCCCCUCCUUCAGCGGCAUACACAAGUACUUUAUCUCGGUACCAGUUGCCACAACAAUCUCAAGCAGCUCAACCUGGAGGACAAUUUAAUGUGAUGGCAAUGGAUCGUCCUGAGCUAGGACCCCCUGGUGCACGAGACGCUGGGGUAAAAGGGGGACAAGACAAUACUGCUGUUGUAUCUAGGCCUAACAUGGGACAAUGGAAAAGCAGUGGUGGAAACGGGACCAGUACACACAUGGAUGAUGUCGUACUAGAAAGUGUUAGUCCAGGCUUGCCUGGUCACCAUCGCAUGGAGAAUUUAAGCCCGGGCCCUGGUCCAGGGUUGGUGAUGGAGAGUGUAAGUCCUGCUCUCGUUGCAUAUGCAAGCAAUACUUCGACAGUACCUACGCAAGGAACGGGAGCGUCAACCUUUGGUUCAUCACAGCAGGACAACCCAAAUGUGGCAGGUCUUGAGAGUGUGAGUCCAGCCCCAGAAGAACCACAGAACUGGAGUCCAGGUGGCGGGGGUGACACCAACAAAGAUGAUAAAAGAGGAGACAAGAGGGAUAGGCGGGAUAAAGAUCAUAAAAGUGACAAAGAUCACAAAGUUAAAGGUAUGACCUUUCUUAGAACAGCAGUGGCAGAGCAUGUGAAAGAGACACUGAAGCCGACGUGGCGAGAGGGACAGAUGAGCAAAGAGGCCUUCAAGACGAUUGCCAAGAAAGCUGUUGAUAAGGUUUUGAGCGCUAUUAAGCCACAUCAGGUUCCCACUACUGAGGAGAAGGUGGAGGCUUAUAUGAUGAUUGCCAGACCAAAGAUCUCAAAACUUGUUCAGGGUUACGUGGACAAGUAUGUGAAGACCUGAACCGUGGUGAAGAUGGACCUUGUUCACAUAAUCCUUCUUCAGAGGACGUCCAUGCAAGGGAGGAGUGCCUGCAGUUAGCAUAUCUCAAACCAAGCAGUGUUGGUUCUCGUCUGUGUACAUCAGCUUAAUUCACAUACAUAUUUGAAUCUCAAGUAGAGCAUGCAGACCAGCAUAACCUCCUGGAGUGGAGCUGACAAGCCUCUUGUGAGAGAAUUUUUACAGGCUCCAACGAAAGGUUUUUGAGCUUGGUAGUUUCACAGAUUCUUUGUACCCGUUUUGUCUUCCACGUUGUAGUUUCUGAAGUCGAGAGUUGUAAAAGAUGCGAGUCAAGAAGAGAUCAAUACGAGCUUAAAUGAUUUAGCCACCGUUUCUGAA